UAUUAUUGUACGAAAUGGACAUGAAAAAUGUGAUUCACUUGAAAUGUGUUUUAAACUCGUGUCUGAAAUUAAAUUCAAGAAUCCCAGUACAAUUAAUAAUUUCUCCAAUAUAUGAACAUAACAUCACAUUCUCCCGUCGGCAGGUCCUCCCCUAUAAAAAAACAUAUUGUCUUUAGCCCAGAAUGGAAGUGGAGAAUUCCAAAAGGAAAAGAAAUUGAAAAGUUAAAAGUGUGACCAUAACUAUUAUGGAUGUCGCUUACAACCUGUUUUCUCUAGCAUUCUACUUCAUCUUCUUCUGGUUAGGCAUUUAUGUGUUUACCUCAAAUUUAAGGUCCAAGAAAUCAAGAGUUCUUCUUCCUCCAGGGCCGUACCAGUUUCCGAUUAUCGGUAAUCUCCACCAGAUUGGCAAGAAGCGUCAUCAAUCAUUUGCAAAAUUGUCAAAAAUAUAUGGCCCUCUCAUGUCAGUUAGGCUUGGAACCAAGCAAACCAUAGUUAUAUCAUCAGCUGAAAUGGCCAGAGAAGUCCUACAGAAAAAUGACCUGAUUUGCUCCAACCGUUCGGUACCAAUUGCAGUCCAAUCCCUUGAUCACCACAACUUUUCUGUGGGAUGGCUUCCAUCCUCGUCGACCCAAUGGCGAUACAUACGUAAAAUGUGCAAAGAACUUAUAUUUUCGACUCAAAUUCUCAAUGCCAGCCAGGCCCUUCGUCAGGAAAAGCUAAAAGAAUUACGGGAUUAUGUUCACUAUUGCAGUAGGAACAGGAAAGCAGUCGACAUUGGUGAAGCUGCCUUCACCACAUCUCUCAAUUUAAUAUCAAAGACUGUGUUUUCGCAAGAUUUUGUCGACUUUGAUACCGAUUCAUCGAAAGAGCUCAAGGACAUUUUCUUAGGUGUGUUCAAGUACAUUGGUCGUACUAAUCUUUUAGAUUACUUCCCCGUCCUUCGACCGAUUGAUCCACAAGGAAUUGCGCGUAACGCCAAGUCCUGCCACCAAAAUUUGUUCAAUAUCUUCGAAGGUUUCAUCGAUGAACGGCUUAUUGCUAGACAAAGUUCAUCAGAGACAAAGAAGAAUGAUCUGUUGGAUGCUCUUUUGGAUGAGAACAGAAAGAAUGAGUCUGAAUUCAGCAUUAAUGACCUGAAACAUUUGCUUCUGGUUUCACAAAGAGAGAUGAAUGUGAUUCACCAAUUAAAAUCUUAUUACGAGUAA